CAGCAGAGCUAAACCUCACACGCACACACACCAGUCCUCAGGUACAGUCUGACACACACACACACACACACACACACACACUCGUGAGCAGAUCUGCGGGGUGAGCGCCGCAGCAAGACCGAGGAGCCUGUGAAAACUAAAGUCAAAUCAGGAUGGAUGCUCCACAGUUGUUGUUCCUGCUGCUCCUCUAUGGAUAUCUGCCAAAAGUGCGAUCCGUGCAGAUGUGUGACGUGGUGAACGAAAUCGAGUUGGAGAGGGAGCGCUGUGAGAAUAGCACCGGUGGGAACGUCACUUCAGGUUGCCAGGGCACGUGGGACAUCAUCGCCUGUUGGCCUUCAGCCAGAGUGGGAGAGGUGGUGACAAUAACCUGCCCCACUUACUUCAGCUACUUCAGUGACCAACACAAAGGUAACCUCUCCAAAACAUGCACAGCGAACGGCUGGACGGAGAUGAUGCCUAUCGACAUUGCCGUCAACUGUGGCUACAAUCUCAACAGCACCAGUGACGACCAGGGCAAGUUCUUUUGGCAGGUGAAGAUCGGCUACACCAUUGGCCACAGCGUUUCCCUCGUCUCUCUCACCACGGCUAUCGUGAUCCUCUGCAUCUUCAGGAAGCUUCACUGCACGAGGAACUACAUCCACAUGCACCUGUUUGUGUCGUUUAUCCUGAAGGCCAUCGCCGUGUUCAUCAAGGACGUGGUGCUCUACGAGGUUGGGGAGGUGGACAACUGCUCCUCCGGCUCUGUCGGUUGCAAAGCAGUGAUUGUGUUCUUCCAGUACUGUAUAAUGGCCAGCUUCUUCUGGCUGCUGGUGGAGGGUCUCUAUCUUCACGCAUUGUUGGCCGUCUCUUUCUUCUCCGAGAAGAAAUACUUCUGGGCUUACAUUCUGAUCGGCUGGGGAGGUCCAACAAUUUUCAUCACAGCUUGGAGCUUUGCGAAAGCCUACUUCCAUGAUGUGGGAUGCUGGGAUAUAAUUGAGAACACGGAUGUUUUCUGGUGGAUCAUUAAAACCCCGAUCUUGGCAUCAAUCCUGAUGAACUUUUUUCUUUUCAUCUGCAUCAUUCGAAUACUUCGCCAGAAGAUAAACUGCCCAGAUAUCGGAAGGAACGAGUCCAACCAGUACCUGAGACUGGCGAAAUCGACGCUGCUUUUGAUUCCACUCUUUGGGAUCAACUUUAUCGUGUUUGCGUUCAUCCCCGAGCAAGUGAAGACUGAGCUACGGCUCAUUUUUGACUUGAUUCUCGGGUCGUUUCAGGGCUUUGUGGUCGCGGUCCUUUACUGCUUCCUCAACGGAGAGGUUCAAGCAGAGAUCAAGAGGAAAUGGCGGCGGUGGCACCUGCAGAGAUACAUGAGCUCCGACACCAAAUACCAACACCCGUCUAUCGGCAGCAGCAACAACUUCAGCACCCAGAUCACCAUGCUGACGCGGUGCAGCCCCAAAACGCGCCGCGGCUCGUUGUCCUGUCACGACGACCUGUCGAGCAUGUGAUUCCCACUGACUAUGAAACGGUGUGAAGCGUAGGUAAAUUCCCGGCGUAUAAGGAAAAGACACACGUUCUCACUGAAACAUGCACUGAAUGGGGGAUGAGUUUAACAAGGACACACGACAGGGACGAGAGGACACACGCAUCCAAGUAAUUACCCUCAGAGCACUUUUUCCAUCGCCACGCUUCUUUAAAAAGAAAAGCACCACGAGCCCAGCUUUCACACAUUUGCAUGUUUCUCUCGUCGGUGUCGUAUCAUCACGGAUCACUCGCUCGAUAGUUACCGAGUUCUCCGUGUGCUCGCGCGAAACGUUACAUAUUCAUGGCGUUAGUUUUGAUUUCAUAAUGUGAAUUUCACCUGCAAACACACAAUCUGAUGUCGUUAUGUGCUUAUUGGAAAUCACUUAGUGGAUCUCUACAGUGGCCAAAUGAGCAGAGCUGAUGGAAAGACACAACUACAGUAUAAGGGAGGGUAAAAAAGUCAGCUGGGACUAUUUUGUUAUACAGUUUCUGCCAUGACGGCACAGGCAAAGAAAAAUACCAGAUUAUGGAGCUGUGUUUGAGGCCUGAAUGUGAGUGGCAGAUAAUGAAUUAAAGCAUAUUUUUAGACAACAAAGAAGAACAAAACAUCACUCGACAGAUGCCUGGAUGAAAACCAGCAGGAAACAUUAUUUCCAUACGUGCCAAAUGGAUGAGGCUCCAUAUCGGGUGACGCUGAUUCACAAUGAUGGUCUCAGAGUAGAAUGCUCUUCUCUGCACUAUCACUGUCAUAAGAGACUAUUUGCCCUUUGCUCCUCUUCUUUGAUCAGCUCUCAUUUUGUGUGAUCCUCCGUCUGUGAUGGGACUUGUGUGUUUUUGAUUAUUUGAGGCACUCUUGAGGCAGUUUUGCGCUCCUGUGUUUGUUUUUGAAGAGACACAAUCUUCACUGGCUGCUCGGGCUGCACAGCAUCUCCGGAGGGGAAAUGCCUUUGAGCAGUGUGGCCCUCGAAUGUUUACAUUUUACUUGGGAGGAGUCGUUUUAACGCUGUACAGCCAGUAUACAGUGGUAUAAGUGUAAUGAAUUACUGUGGAUUGUUGUGCCAUACUGAUUGUAUUGUGGCUACAAUAUCAGUAGUAUAUCACUGUAAUCGUUUGUUCAUGUUACGGCAACAUGUGAGAUUUAAUGCCUCGCCGGGGACAUGAAUUUCUUUUGUUUAUGUGCCAGUCUUGUGAUGUAUCGUCAAACAUAAAAGCUGAAAACAAAGUAAUAGAUCCUUAUUACAGCAGCGCAAUACGUGCCAUUUCGUAAGACUUUAUCUUGUUGAUACUUUCGUAGACGACGGCUUCAAAGCCUCUCGUGGUAAACAUUGUUAAAAGAUAUUUCCCGACUUGUGCACUGACGUGUCGCGGUCACACUUCUCAGUUGGAGGAAGUUGAACCCGACAGGUCAGUGGAUACUGGAGCGUGAUACGUAAAGCAAAGCAAUAUGACGAGGAUGACCAGCCGUGUCACCGAGUUCUUUUCUUAGCUUACAAGGUUAGGCUUAAUUGUCACUUUCAAGCGAGUACGUUCAAGCGAGAAGGAGCGACGAAAAGGUCCUUGUUUGUCAACCUGCUGCUGAUUUAAAUGGUCACGCUUCUGUGUUCAGACAGAAACCUUCUCAAUAUGUUUUCUCUUGUCACCAAAUUAUCUUCAAACUGACUUUCUGUUCACUGUACAUUACUAAAGCCUGUGCACAUCAACACCAAUGUGAAUAAACACCUAAUUGUAAAUAAUCUGGAAGUGAAUUUUCACAUCCAGUUUAAUGAAAACUAAGAAUACAUAGAAGUGAGAUUAUAAACCAGCGGUCACUUUUAGUGAAUUUAAAAGCAAACCUUUCUUUUUUCCUACCAUCCCAGCUGAGUGCUUUUCAAUCAUUGGUAGUUGAUUAUAAUGUGUACUUGUCGGCACUGACCUUUUUAAACCAUGACCUGAAAAGUUUCAUUGCUAGUUUGAAAGUGUUGCUGCGUGGACUUGACACAGGUAUAAAAAGAUAUUAAGAUGCAAAUGAAUUUAAAACUCAAAUACCUUUUUAUGUUUUGUCUGAAUACACAUUGAGUAUAAGGUGACAUUAAAGCAGUUAUUGAAAAAGGAUUUUUAUUUUAUUUAAAAAAAAAAACUGAAUUAUCCAGUCUUUUGCUGUCUUGACAAGGGUUCAGUGAAAAGACAGACAUCUUUUAUGUCUCAAGGGUAAGUACUUAGCUGAAGCCAGCAGCCACUUACCUUAGCACAAAAUAUGAAAGCAGAGCCUUAAUAAAAGUAACUUAAUGUGGAA